UAUCGACAAAGCAUUAUCCAUCUUUAAUGAAUUAAGAAAACAAGACCCUUUCAGGAUAGAAAAUAUGGAUACCUUCUCCAACUUGCUUUAUGUCAGAGGUAUGAAGCCCGAAUUGAGCUAUUUGGCCCAUAACCUAUGUGAGAUUGACAAGUACCGUGUAGAAACUUGCUGUGUAAUUGGGAACUAUUACAGUUUGCGUUCCCAGCAUGAGAAAGCAGCCCUCUAUUUCCAGCGAGCCCUGAAGCUGAAUCCUCGAUACCUUGGAGCAUGGACCCUUAUGGGGCAUGAAUACAUGGAGAUGAAAAAUACAUCAGCAGCUAUUCAAGCAUACAGGUCUGUGUGUAAGAGUUAAGCUCAGUUGCCU